AGAUAUUUGUUUACAUUAAUUACUACCACAAAUAAUUGGAAUUGUCUCUUUCCCUUCGUUUCGUUUGCUUCAUUUUGAUGAUUUUUUAAUAAAAUUUGGAUUUCAGUUUUAUCAUUUUACCAAGCGACCAUCAUGUCAUCUGCGGGAGGAACUGUCGGAAGUUUUAAGCCGGAUUCAGAUGUUCACAUUUCGUAUGAAGAUCAGCAGAAAAUAAACAGAUUUGCAAACUUGAAUGCAAAAUUAGAAGAUCUUAAAGAUGAGCUCAAAAUUAAAAAUAAUGAACUACAGAACAUAAAGGAUGCUGUUGAAGAACUAGAAUUAGCAGAUGAUGACACCAAAGUGCCCUUUUUGAUGGGAGACAUAUUUAUUCAUCAAGAUAUGCCAAGCACUCAGAGUCUGUUGGAAGAAACCAAAUCCCAAAUCGAUGCCAGUAUAAAGGAUAUUGAAAAACGAAGCGCUGAAAUCGUAGAUAUUAUGUCAGAGCUGAAAGUGACCCUGAAAGCUAGGUUUGGAAAUCACAUUCACUUAGAGGCAGAUGAAGAUUGAAUUGAUCAUGAAUUAUGACUACAUGAAUACAUAGAAUCCUGUGAUCAUCAUAGAGGAAGUAAUUACUCCUGCCUAUCGGAACUCAAAGAUUCCUUCCUGGUGGAUUUUUUUCUUCACUUUUUCUUAUCUGUGCUCAUCCAAGUUCUACCAGAGAUGCAGUUAACAAUGCAUCCUAAGUUUUUAAUUAACUUUCUAACCUCCUAAGAAUUUGUUAUUUAAUUUAUUUUUCACAAAGUACAAUUCCUUUUUAUGUUGCAAUGUAACAGAAAAAGAAUUGAAUAAUUAUCACAACUUAACAAGUCUU